AUGGCUACCCGCAUGAACACCACUAAGCCUGCCCCGAACACGACCAACGCAGCAAAUUCUCUGUGCGAUUAUUGCCGCCAGAAGCCCAAGUUCGGAGGAUAUCAAUAUUGCUCCAAGACUUGCGCUAAGCAAAUCGCGACGCUAUGCAAUCAAUGCCAUAAGAAACCCAAGUUCGCGAACUUCGAGUAUUGUGGAAAGAAUUGCGCCGCUGCCGCCGCCACCAACGGGCCCGUUCCUACUCGCAACACUCUCACUACUGCCGGUCCUGGAAGCUUUCCGUCGAAGGGAGGGAAGCCUUCUGCGAAGGGCCCACCGAACUCGUCGAAUGCAGCUAUCACCAUCAACCCCGCCCAAAUCGCCCAACUUGUCGCGCAGCAGAUGCCCCAGGUUCAAGCUUUGUUGGCUACUGCCGCUGCUGGAGCUGCUGGCGCUGCUUUAGCCUCUGCUGUUGGUGUUGGCGGUGGACCGGGGCCUAGACCCGCCCCGCGACCAAGCAACGUUCCGGUAGCGCAAUCUCAGCCUCAAGGCAACCAACCGAUCCCUUCUGUGCCUGCAGCUGCGGCACCUCGCGCUCCGGCCAAAGCCUCUGUCAACAAUCCUUUUAUCAACAAUCCCAACACCAAAGCUUCAGCUAUGCCUACCAUGCCUGCUCUCGAUCCAGAUGAUGAAGACUCUGACUCUGAUAUGGAUCCGGAUGAGAUGGAUGACCUUCCUGAAUGCCUUCUACCGGGAUGCGAGAAGCCCGUUCACGUGGAUGCCAACGGUGCGAAAGCAAGUGAAUACUGUUCAAAGAAGCACAGGGAGGAGGCGGUAGCUGAUGGUCUCGUCCCAGGAUGUAUCAUGUGUCUUACGAAGCCCCAGAGUGGCGCCGACUAUUUUUGUAGCAGGGCUUGCAAGGAAGAGGCGAUGAACAAGGCUGCCGGACUGAGCACCUGA